CAGAAAAUCGUGCUGGAAAAAGCUACCAAGAAGCGACCUACGACUCUUGCCAACCUGGAUGAUGAGUACUCGAAAGUCUCUACGCUUAUCGAGCAGACAGUGACUGCAGGCGAGAGCAACAGCAUGCUCCUCAUCGGCGCCAGAGGCAGUGGCAAGACAGCGCUUGUAGACCAAAUUCUCCGCGAGCAAGCCGCCAAACAUGCGGCAGAUUUCCACGCCGUCCGCCUCAACGGCUUCAUUCACACUGAUGACAAGAUCGCGCUUCGCGAAAUCUGGAGGCAGCUUGGCAGGGAGAUGGAGCUGGAUGAAGACGAAGGCACUUCCAAGAAUUACGCCGAUACCAUGACCAGAUUGCUUGCGUUACUGUCACAUCCUACUGAGGUAGGUUUGGAGACAGACCAGGUCAGCAAAAGUGUCAUAUUCGUUCUCGACGAGUUUGAGCUCUUUGCAGGUCAUCCUCGGCAGACGCUGUUGUAUAACUUAUUCGACAUUGCGCAAAGUCGGAAGGCGCCAAUCGCAGUGCUGGGCCUCACCACCAGAGUUGAUGUCGCCGAGAGUCUCGAAAAGCGGGUGAAGUCUCGAUUCAGCCAUCGAUAUGUACAUCUGAGCAUGGCAAAAAGCUUGCAAGGCUUCGAAUCGAUAUGUCGGAGUGCGAUGACAAUCUCAUCAGAAGACUUGACAGCUGAUGAAACAGACAUUCUCGACGUGUCGACAGAAGCUUUGAAGUUCCAGCCAGUCGCUGCUUGGAACGCCGACAUCUUGGAACACUUUUCGAACUCCAUGUCAAUAGCAUCACUGCAAGCACCAGACUCAAAGCUUUCUCUACUAUACUCGCUGAGCACACUACAGCUGGCUCUCACCAUCUGCGCCGCUCGUCUCACAAACAUCUACCAUACCGAAGUCAUCUCAUUCGCACUUGCUUAUGAAGAGUACAAAGUCUUGGCAAGCAAAGCUAGAUUGCAGGCCAGUGCGAGCGGAGCAAUCGCAACUACGAAAGUCUGGGGCAAAGAAGUUGCGAAAGGUGCUUGGGAUCAAUUGAUUGAUGUUGGGCUUGUCAUGGAGGAUGGCAGGACUGGUGGGACUGGGAGAGUUGAUGUCGCUUUGGAAGAGAUUGGCAUGUCUGGCGUUGAUCUUGGCGCUUGGGGGAGGUGGUGUAAGGAGAUAUGA